AUGGACAGCACUCUGGCACACAAACUCCACAUUCCCCUCAAACCCCUUCCACACCACAUCACGGUUCACGCCCUUAAUGGACAGAAACUCCCGGCUAUUUCGCACAUCACUGAAGACAUCACCCUCAUCACACCAGGCAACCACUCUCAGUCAACCACUAUUUCCAUCCACAUCCUUGACUCUCCCCUGGCACCCAUAGUCCUCUGUCACCCUUGGCUCCUCCUCCAUAACCCCAAAAUAGACUGGUCCUCCAAUUCCAUUCUGUCCUGGUCUGUUUGCUGUAGAGAGUUCAGCAUCAGUCUGCCACAGAACAUUCAAGCUCUCAGUGGAUCCUGUGUGAUCAUAAAGUGCAGAUUUGAGAUUCAGAAACAAUAUGAGAAAGACCUCACUGAGAAAGCUGCUACUGGACUGUGGCUCAAAGAUGGAGUUAAGAUUGAUACGCAUCUAGUGUUUAACUCCAAGGAUACCAAACCUAAUCACUUAAAUGGGAAAAUAACUGGAAAACUACAUGAGAAGAACUGCACCACUAUCUUCUAUAAUGUUAGUUCUAAGCAUACUGACUCUCCCCCCAAACCCACAGUGCAGCUGUAUGUGGAUCAGAAGAAGGUGAAGGAUCAGGAAGAGGUGUUGGAGGUGUUGGAGGGGAGCUCUGUGAGUCUGCACUGCUCUGCUGAGACUCUCUGCUCCUCUCCUCCACCAACUCUCACAUGGAGCUCCACUCCCAGAAUCCCCCUCAGUGAGAGCAGCAGACGAGAGGAGCUCAUCUCUGAUCUGAACUUCACUGCUACUCACCGUCAGCACAGAGUCACUUUCACCUGCACUAUAACCUACCAGCUACAGCACCAGAACAAAACAGCACAGGACAACAUCACAGUACAUGUUCAGUAUUCACCUAAAAACACAUCAGUGUCUGUGCUUCCCUCCAGCUCUGUGUUGGAGGGCAGUUCAGUGACUCUGAUCUGCAGCAGUGAAGCAAACCCAGCAGUGAACUACACCUGGUCCAGAGAGAGUGAAGGACAGAUGAAGCAGCUGAAGACAGGAGACACUCUUACCUUCGCUAGGAUCGACCUGAAACACAGAGGCUUGUACUACUGUACAGCUCAGAACCAACAUGGCACCCAAAACUCACCAGUGAUGCUGGACAUUCAGUAUGCUCCUAAAAACACAUCAGUGUCUGUGCUUCCCUCCAGCUCUGUGUUGGAGGGCAGUUCAGUGACUCUGACCUGCAGCAGUGAAGCAAACCCAGCAGUGAACUACACCUGGUCCAGAGAGAGUGAAGGACAGAUGAAGCAGCUGCAGACUGGAGACACUCUUACCUUCGGUAGGAUCGACCUGAAACAGAGAGGCUGGUAUCACUGUACAGCUCAGAACCAACAUGGCACCCAGAACUCAUCAGUGAUGCUGGACAUUCAGUAUGCUCCUAAAAACACAUCAGUUUCUGUGCUUCCCUCCAGCUCUGUGUUGGAGGGCAGUUCAGUGACUCUGACCUGCAGCAGUGAAGCAAACCCAGCAGUGAACUACACCUGGUCCAGAGAGAGUGAAGGACAGAUGGAGCAGCUGCAGACUGGAGACACUCUUACCUUCGGUAGGAUCGACCUGAAACACAGAGGCUGGUACUACUGUACAGCUCAGAACCAACAUGGCACCCAGAACUCAUCAGUGAUGCUGGACAUUCAGUAUUGUCAACAGGUUACAGUUUCAUUCUUGAUCAUAUUAUCCCUGAUUCUGGUUCACUUCGCUCUGACUGUUGGACUUGCACUUCACAAAAUUAGACAAUUGUCCAGCAAGCUGAAGGUGGGUCUCCAUAGGUUAAUAGUAGAUAAAGUAAUGCAGCAUGAAGAUGAUGAUGAUGAUGAUGGUGUUGAAGAGUGUUUCUGUUUUCAGGCUCAGAAUGAGGCAGCAGGCACAUAUUCGUCUCUUCAGCUCUCUGCUCCAUCCGCUGAAUAUGACACUUUGAACAUUAUGGGAAGUGACACAAUAAACAACAAAUAG